AUGUGCUUGCAGGCGCAGCUCGUUGUCGGACUGCACUUUCUCACCAGGGAGCUCGCUGAUGUUUUUGAGGAGGAUUCUGAAAGCGAUGUGACAUUUUACGGCUUUUCUGACACUGAAAUCGGAGAAACGAAUUCAGAUUUUGAACCUGAUCAAAGCGAGCCUGGCAUUUCCCCCAAGAAGCAGGAAUCCACAUCUCAAAGGUCUGCUGGGCCUCAACCGUUCAAGCUGAGGGUCGCUCUGCGCUCUGCUCCCUCCACCAGGCCGUCGUCAGAUGAUGACGAGUACUAUGAUGCAGAGGAGGAAGUCACAAAGUCAAAAAAGACUAAGAAGAAGAGACAUGAGUCAUUUGAGGAUGAGGAGACGGCAGUUACUACUCCUGAGGAGCAUGGAUGUGAUUCUGCAGGAGAUGUGAGCAACACUUUCCUGGCCAAGAGAGAGCAGAACAUCAAGGCCAACAAGACAAUGUUGGCUCAGCUAAUGGCAGAUCUGCAGAAAAUGCCCGGAGGAGCUGGACUUUUGGAAAAACAAGCAACCAAACAGAAAACAAAAGAGAGAAGAUCUCGUCCACCACGUUCUGUUGAAAAUAGAAACGAGUCCAGGAGGAAUCCAGAGCGGGCUUCUCGCAGACGGACCCGAUCAAUGGGAGUAACCGAGGACGGUGCAGCUGCUCAGCAAGAAGACGUGGAGCUGAGCUUAGAAGAGGAGCUACUGGAGGUGCGCCGAGCUCCCCGGCAGCGCGGACCUCGAUCUCAGAACAAAUCUCAUGUGAUCCGACCAGUAGAAGACAUCACAGAAGAUGAAAUUCAGCUGGUCGCAGACAAUAUGACGGACAAAGUGUACAACAGCGUCACAGGUUCCACGUGCCAUCAGUGCCGCCAGAAAACUGUGGACACAAAGACCUGCUGUCGCAGCGAGGACUGUCGUGGGAUUCAGGGUCAGUUCUGUGGGCCGUGCCUGAGGAACAGAUAUGGAGAGGAUGUCAGGAAAGCCCUGCUCGAUCAGGGAUGGAAGUGUCCGCCCUGUCGAGGGAUUUGCAACUGCAGUUUCUGUCGUGCGCGUGAAGGCCGCUGCCCCACUGGGAUCUUGCUGCCCCUGGCUAAAUACAACGGCUUCUCUGACGUCCACUCGUACCUCAGCAGCCUCCGUAACAAACUGAAAGGUGAGGAGAAAGUCGAGAUGUGA